AUGCCAUCAGUUAUCGAUUUACUUAGCCCCUAUAACAUCUCUGAGGAUAUCUUGGCAAUGAAGGCAAAUGCGACUAAAACGAAUCAGAUGAAUUCGGUAGACAUCUCUAAAAUGACUGUCGCAAAAUACUACGUACAAAUAGGUAAUAAGUUAGUAAUCACUACCUUAGAUACUGGAGCAGCAAAAGAGAACCUUAGGAAAAGUAAGGGAAGUGGGAAUUACCCUACAGGAAGGAAAGCUCGAAUCCAUUUCGACAAACGAAGAAUAUUUUUGAACUAUCAAGGGAAUGAACUAGAAAUACCUAUCUCCCACUAUAAAAUAAAAGGAUUAGCACGACCGGACGAAUCAGAAGCAGGUGAAUAUAAAAGUGGAGAUACUUUCAAUGAGUCAGAAUACAAAAGCAAAGAGGUAGAAGAAGAAGAAAAGUAUUAUAUAGGGGAGCAAUCUGAAGGGAAAGAAGUAAUGCGUGAAGAGAUUCCGAGCCCUGCGGUAUACCUGACUACCUUGGAGGAAGUACUGACUCCAGAAGAUGAGGAAGAACCUGCCAUCAAGAAACCCCAAGUUGGAUCUAGACAAUCUGAUGGAAAAAGAAUGAAUGAAAGUAAUAAAACUCUUUGA